AUGCAUUUCUCCACAUUCCUCAUUGCGGCUCUGCCCGUUGCUGCUCUGGCUAUGCCAGCUGCUGAUCCUCAAGUCCUGACUUUCCCUGGAAGCAGCAACAACCAGCCUGGUCCUGGAAACCCGGGAGGUCCUGGCAAUGGAGGUGGCCACAACAGUCCUCACCCAACCACCACCAGCACCACCAAGCCUGGAAACGGUGGUCAUGGCCCCAGCCCAACUCCCACCAAGACCUCGUCCAAGACCACGAGCACUUCCACCACCAUCAGCACAACUUCUACCACAUCCACCUCUUCUUCCAGCACCAGCACCAGUACCAGCACUUCCAGCAGCACUUCCACCUCUACUUCCACUUCCACCACUCUGACCUCCUCCACUACCAGCACCUCUAGCACCUCGACCACGUCGACAACAAGCGCCUCGACCCCCACCUCGUCGGCCCCAGCCGGCGUCACCAUUAAAGGCAUCUCGUACGCCGGAUCCGGCUGCAACGCCGGCAGCGUGGCCGGGGCGAUUUCGUCCGACGCGCAGACCAUAACCGUGCUCUACGACAGCUUCAUUGCGCAGGCCGGGCCCGGCAUCACCCCGGCCGAGGCGCGCAAGAACUGCCAGCUCAACGUGCAGGUCGAGCUGCCCCAGGGCUGGCAGUUUAGCGUCUUCAAGGCCGACUACCGCGGCUACGCGUUUUUGCAGGACGGCGACAAGGGCGUCAUCAAGGCCACGUAUUACUUUUCCGGCGACUCUACCCAGAUUGCCUCGGAGCUGGACCUGGCCGGCGCUUAUGACGAUAACUAUCUCAAGACGGAUGAGUUUGGUCUCGAGAGUACCGUCUGGUCACCUUGUGGCGAAGAGGGUCUGUUGAACGUCAACAGUGAAGUCCGAGUCACUCCUCUUACUACCACCAACACCGCUCUGCUUACUGUUGACUCUACCGAUCUCUCCUUUGAGACUGUUCACUAUCUCCAGUGGCAGACUUGCUAG